AUGCCCACACGGGCAAGCGAACUCUUUGAGAGGGAUGGCACCUGCGCGGCAAAUUGGUCUAAAUGUUCGCAGUCUGGGUUGCCGGACAAUUUCUGUUGCGCCGCGAAGAACAAAUGCAUACCUCUGGCCGGCGACACCACGAUACUGUGCUGCCCAGAAGGCAGCGACUGCAACAUCAUCGAGCCAAUAGUAUGCAACGUCCAGCUGCAGAACGCAACGACGAACCCAGAGGCAGUCAUCAAAACCACAGCACUAAACAGCCAGCUGCCAACGUGUGGAAACUCUUGCUGCCCGUUUGGGUAUUCCUGCGAGGACAGCGACGAUGGCAAGAUCUGCGUGCAGGACGUGGAUCAGAGCCAGAAGCCCGCAGAGUCUGGCAGUGGCUCAUCAGCUACAUCGACACAUACGUCUUCUUCGCCUGCAACUUCGACCGGAGCCCCGGCUGCCUCCGCCACCCACUCGAACGACGGCAGCAUAACCUCUCCAGAAGCACCGGCCGGUGAUGUGAAUGAGCCCGCGCCGGAAAACGGUGCCAACGUAUCGGCCAUCGCCGGCGGCGUAGCCGGCGGUAUCGUGGGCCUUGCGAUCGUCGGCGUCAUCAUCUACGGCUGCGUGGCACGGCGGAAGAAGAACCAGGCUGAGUCCAAGCGCCGCCGGGAGUCGGACCGGUCGCUGGUGUCGGAGGACGCGCUGAAGAUCUCAGCGCCCAUGCCCAACCAGCAGUAUAAUAACCUGGGGCGGUCCGACUUCAUCGCGCGGACCAACGCGUCCGCCCAGUCGACCCCGUCCGCGGCCAAUGAGGGCGGCUUCCAGAGACACCCCCAGCACCACCACAACCACCACCGCAGCAGCAACCCCUUCUCCAACACGUACAGCAUCGCCGAGACGGAGCGCUCCGCGCCCGACAUGGACGAGCGCAGCUACCACGCCUCGGCCAUCAUCGACGGCCUCUACAGCGAGUCGGCCUCGCCCAGCUCGGGCCGCCGGCGGCCCGAGGACGAGUUCGAGGAUAUCAACAUCUUCGCCGACCCCCUGACGGUGCCGGACUUCACCGUGGGUGGGGCCGCCCGCCCGCACACGGCCAUGACGAGGUGGUCGCACCUGCAGCAGCACGCGGAGCAAGGGAAGCAGUAG